AAUAGAAAUAUCAAAGUAGAAUGAUAACCAACACAUUCACCAGCAUUCAAAGCCUAACGAUACGGCAGGCCACGUGAAAAUAAAUCGGCAAACUUGAAGCGCGUACAAUUACCGUUGCAGAGUGUCGAGGAACCCCUUUUAUAUUAAUAGUUGAGUGACUGUGGAGGUGAUGAGUGUCCAAGAGAGGAGAGAGGAUGGUGGCGUUGUGGAGAAGGACAAGGGGAGUCCAGAGAGUGAAGGAGGGACUCAAAAUGAUAGAUAGGAGGACGGGAUGGGAUACUUCGGUUCCCCUGCACGUUGUUUCAGUUUCACUUCGCGAUGGAGGCUACUUACUCCGUCUAGCGUAGUAUUUCGAUACAUAUACAUAUAUUUAGAGAGAACGAGAGAUAUAUAUAUAUAUAUAGCGCGCGCGAAAGUGUGUGUGCGAGAGAGCGAGAAAGAGCGCGACCGAACGAGAAAAAGAAGAGAACCGCAAAACGCGAGAGGGUAAAAAGUGCCCGAGCAGAAAGAAGAGACCAAAAAGUUGACUAAGAUCAGAAAAAGUUCAAGGCUCAUAUAAGAAAAGAAGAAUGUCAAAAAAACAAAUUAAUUACAGUGUUGGGGAGUAAAAAAAUUUUUUAAAUUUUACGUGAAGCCUUACGUCCCAAGAACUUAUAAUUAUCCUCCCAUUACACCUCGUAUCCAAAUGGCUCAACUAAAAUCUCAUAAGGCCAUAGCGAUCCUAACCGAACGUCCAACUAUUGUGCAGUGAUAUUAAACACAGCUAUUCGUCCAAGAGUAUUCGUCGUGCGGAUCUGAACUUCCGAGUGCCCGUUUGCCCGGUUCACAUUUUAUUCGCUCCCUCCGGUACACAUCACAAGGGUUCUCCAGCCCGUUCUCGUCGACUGAAACCAUCUUCACGUUGGUAGCACAAACCUGAUGUAACUCUCGUUCAGGAUCUUUACGCAGGAGUAUGACCCUUGGACCGUAAAUCAAGAAGUGAUCUUCAUCAGCCACAUCUACGUCCUCGAAAUGUCAUACUGUUUUCAGAGGAGUCUGGUAUCAUCCGGUGUGACGAGGAGAAGCCGAAGAUGCUAGAGGAAGUUGGACGUCGGGAAAUCUUCGCAGAAAACGGUUGAGGUGAAGUGAACGGACGAGAGCAGAGUGAAGAGACCGGGAAACAUGUGAGGCCCGUAUAGCAUUGUCGUGCCCUGUUUGGAACUUGUGAAAAAAAAGUGUCUGUAAUAGCCUAUACGAAAAUACAAAUUGUUAAUCGAAGUGCAACAAUCGAUAACACGAGGAAAAUUUAAAAGUGAAACAGAUCGAUAAAAUUCUUACGAAUCCCGAGCUGCUGUUCUCGUUAAGUGAACUAACAAAGUGCUGGAGCUAGAAAUGGAAUUAAAAAAACGUGAUGAAAGAUGCUAAUGGAAACGUGUUACAUUAAAGUGUCAUCAAAGUAUUCACUCUAACAGAUCGAUCUUCGACCUCGAGCCGAUUCGCUCCCUCGGAGUGAAUUGAAUCGCGUUGUACGAGCAGUGCUGGUGCGACGUUAUAGUGUUGAAGUUAAACAGUGAGAAAUUGUAAAAACGACUAAUUCUCUAUAUCCAGAUAUAUAUAUGUAUAUAUACACCGUAUAUAUAUAUAUCAAUUAAUAACAAGAAGAUAUAUUGAUUACUAAUAAAUAAAGUUAAUAAAGAUGAGUGGAGGAGAUGCCGAGUGAGCCAAAAUUUGACACGGCUCGUCGCGUAUCCUCAAACCUGAUCGUCAAUCCGACGAUUCGCGUGAGAGACUCGUGCGGGUUCCUCACGGCGAAAAGAUGAGCUCCAUAGACUUUGAUGAAGUGUUGGUACACGUGGGAGAGAAAGGUCGAUAUCAAAAUAUCAUGUACUACCUCCUUUGUAUACCAGCAACCUUACCCGCCGCCUUUUUAGCAUUUUCACAAGUAUUCGUAAGCGCGUCACCGGAACACUGGUGCAGGAUACCAGAAUUAGACAAUUUAACAAGUCUAUUGAGUCUUGAGGAACGCAAGGCUCUCAGUCUGCCGUACACUGUCAAGUCUGACGGCAGGAGACAGUAUUCACGAUGUUACAUGUACGACGUGAACUACACAGCCGUUAUCGAGUCCUGGUUGUUGAACGAUACAACGAACACGUCGCAGUUGGUAACCAGGUUAACGCCACCGCCGGAGAGCAGUCAAACUUGGCCGAUCAGCAAAUGUCGUUAUGGUUGGAAUUACGAUAGACGGGAUUAUGACAGCACCCUCGUCACCGAGCUAGACCUCGUUUGCGACAACAGCUGGUGGCCCUCGACCUCCACGACUUUCUUCUACGUUGGCAGCCUCUUUGGGAACGUUGUCUUUGGCUGGAUUGCUGAUAAAUGGGGCAGGAGGACUGCCUUCUUUGCCAUUCUUUAUUUGGAGGUUAUUCUCUCCAUCGUCACGAGCUUCAGCCCGAAUUAUGUUAUUUACACGGCUCUUAGGACCGUCAAUGGCCUCUUCUUCCCUGCCAUUUAUCAAAUACCUUUUAUUCUCGCUCUUGAACUCAUGGGGCCCAGGUACAGGACAUUUGCUGGUAUGGUCAUCUCUAUGUUCUUUGCCACAGCUAUGUCCUUGCUGGCUUUAUUGGGUUACUUGCUCAGACAUUGGUACACUUUAUCUUUGGCUACUUCCGUACCUUUUGUGUUACUCUUCAGCUACUAUUGGAUAAUACCAGAAUCGCCACGAUGGCUUCUCAGCAAGAACAGAAUAGACGAGGCAGAGGUCAUAGUUCAGCAUAUGGCAAAGGUCAAUGGCCGUAGAGUGCCAACGAAUUUUUUACGGAAGAUGGAGAUGGAUAUAUUGAAGAGGCAAGGUGUGUCGUGCAAUGGGAAAAAUUCUGGGGACGUUUCGGUCGACCUGGACGUCGAGAACAGACCACCACCUCCGUCGGCAACACCAAUGGACCUCAUAACGAAUCCCAAUAUAAGAAAGAAAUUCUUUAUUCUAGCUUUCGAUUGGGUGGCCAAUGCCGUUGUUUACAAUGGACUAUCCUACAACACGACAAAUCUAGGAGUGUCCGAUUACCUGGCAUUUUUCAUUGGAGGCAUUGUCGAGAUACCAUCUUACGUAAUAACCUGGUACGCCAUGGAUAGAAUAGGAAGAAGAUGGGUACUCUGCAUCACGAUGCUCCUUGGUGGCUUUGCCUGCGUGUCCUGCAUGUUCGUGCCAGAAGAUGCCGUAUGGGUAACAGUGUCCUUGGCCAUGGUAGGGAAGUUCGGUAUAGCCGCGUCCUUCGCUGUCUUCUACGUCUUCGUCGGGGAAUUAUUGCCAACUGUUCUGAGAUCCCAGGCGAUGGGAAUCGCAUCCUUCAUUGCCGGCAUUGGACUGCUCACAUUCCCUUAUAUCGUUCACCUGGCUGUAUAUUCAAGAGUCUUGCCACUGAUCAUCAUGGGAUCUCUGAGCGUGGCUGGCGCCCUGACCAGCAUCUUCCUGCCGGAAACUUUGAAUAUACAUUUACCGCAGACCAUCGAGGAGGGCGAGCUCUUCGGGGCUGAUUUUAAACUCUGGUCCUGCCCUACACUCCCCAGGAACUCGUCUAAAGAACACAAGUCAGACGUUCUACCCUUGAGGUACUUUGUCAACGGUCGACCCGACAGGCAUUCAGCAUCCUCGAAAAUUGUCGUACCGGAAACUGCCCAAGUGGAUGAAACCUCGAGGACGUGUCCUCUGCUGACCAGCCAGGACAAAGCGGAGGACUUAAACACCCCGGUAGGGGACGAGGUCGACGAGGACAAGAUCUAGGAGUCUUUCGGUGCUAUCAGACUUUGACGCGAGCCUGUUUUAUUUGAUAACCACUAACGACUUUGUAUUAUAUUAUCAGUAUAGGCA